AUUCCGCAGAUUAGCUACUCAGAGAAUAGCCAGACAUCGUUACAUCUGUGGCCAAAAAACGGCACGUUUUAUUCAGCAGACGUGUCUCACAGGUGACCCAAGAUGAAGGUUAAACCAGCAGGAAAGCGCGUCAGCGUGGUCGGCGAAGGACCUCAUUGGGACAACCGCAGCUCCACACUCAUCUAUGACGACGCUAAAAAGUGCGAGAUCGUAAGGUUCGAUCCACAGGCCAAGUCUGAAAGUGUUGUUGCCAGUCUCGAUGGCCUGAUCGGAAAUGUGAUUCCGUACGCCCAAGACAACCGCCAGCUGAUGGUGUGUAUGGAGAGGGGCGUCUACAGGCUGGACACCGACACCCUGCACCAGACUCUUCUCGCUGAGCUUGUCGACUCUCCGGAACCUACAAGGUUCAACGACGGAAAGUGUGACGCAGCGGGGCGCUUGUGGGCAGGAACGAUGCCCAGGAUAUUGAAUUUCCAAAAGCUGCCGCAAGGCGGACACCAUUUGUACAGCUACUCCAAAGGAAGGCUGAGUCUGAAGGCGUCCGAAAUGUCGCUGUCCAACGGGAUCGCCUGGACGUCCGAUAACAGGACCAUGUUCCACAACGACAGCUUUCCCGGCAGGACGUCCGUCUUCGACUUUGACCUGGACACCGGGGCCAUCAGCAACCGCAGGGUCCUCGUCGAUUUCAAGUCCACCCCUGAGUACCAGGACCUCGGGAUUCCCGACGGUAUGACAAUUGACGUCAACAACAAACUAUGGAUGGUUUGCUUCGGCGCCGGCACCGUGAUUCAAGUGGACCCCGAGACAGCUGAAAUCCUGGCCAGGGUGCAGCUCCCUACCAAGUACACCACAUCCUGUUGCUUCGGCGGCGAGAACUACGACGUUUUAUACGUCACUUCGGCCAGCCUCUUUUCCAGUGCCCCGCUACCUUCCGACGGAUUGCUGUAUCAGGUUACCGAACUCGGUGCGAAGGGAAAAGCACCUUUCGAGUUCGCAGGUUGAUGGACCGGAGAGAAUUCUCUUCUGCGUGGUGCACCGUUAGGGAAAAAAAAUCCCGUCUUUAAGUACGGAAAAUAUCCCUGCUAAACUUGUUGCCACAAAAGGUUCGAUAUUACUGAAUUACAGAACACGUAGAAUGAUUCCUUAGUACGGGACAUCUUGUGGCAACAAGUUUAGCGUGCACGUGUCCCGUACACCAUGUUAUACAAGUUGUAUUUGCUGCUAGCUACGGGAAGUGAGCCAUCAUGUUCGAAAACAACGUAUGUUCUGUUGGAAACGAUGUCGGUACAUGUUCCACUUUUACAUCUUACUGCACACUCACCAUUUUGUGCAAGGUGUACCCCCGAAACAUUUGCUAUUUCUACUGCAAAAAUAGACUGAAUUUCCGAGUGCUUAGUGUGCACUCAGAUUUAAAGGUCCGUUCACACUCUUACAACCGAGUACGACCGAGAGAGACCAGACUGGUUUUUAAUCCUCUUGCGUCCUCUUAGGACCGGAUGCGCUGCAGCGGGGCUGGUCCUAAGACGUCGCAAGAAGCUUAAAAACCGGUCUUGUCUCUCUCGGUCGUACUCGGUUGCAAGAGUGUGAACGGGCCUUGACGCAAGCAGUCUGGACCAUAUGACGAAAUUUCAGAGCUUGCUGUUAUUUGAUUAAAAUGUUAUAAGUAGGGUUCUGCGUUUUCGGUUUCUAUUUUUUCGAAAUUCGGCAUACUUUUUUCGGCGUUUAUUUUAAAAUUCAGUUUUCGGUUUUUUCGGCGCACAAAAGUGUAUCGGCUUUUUUUCGGUGAAUAUAAAAUAAACACCAACGGACGCCGGAUCAGAUUAUCCUUUUUUCUCUUGUAUUUGUGAUCACUCAAAGAAUAAUGGCACAGAUAUAUUGAAAAAGAAAUGGCCACUUUAUUUGGCAAAUUUGGCAAAACUAAAAAAGAAUCAAGAAAAAAACGCAGAAGUACAAACAAGUCAGAUAUGAAGCUUAUGCCCCCUAAAAAUAUGGAACUUCACCUUCUGUAUAUCAGGAUGACGUGAUCUUAUUAUUGUACACACACAUGUACUUUCCCGGGUUCUUCUCCUUGAUCCGCACUCUUUCUUUCCUGUUAAUAUGACCCUGAGCUUCGAGAAUGUCCUCUCAACGCUCACACUGGAUACUGGCAGGCUGAGGAGAUGAAGCGCUGCCUGAGCCGAAAUCGGCCAAUCAACCAAUUGUGACUGACACUGACCGCCAAAAGAGACAUGGUGGGGCGUUUUGAAGCACAACAUAACAUGCAGAGCUUGGAUCAAGUCAGCCUUUUCUUACAACGAGUACAUGGCGAAGUCAUGGGGAAUUUCGGACUUCACGUUCCUAUCGAUCAUGCGCACAUUAAACCAAAACGUCGUGAUGGCAUCCGUGUAUCCCAUACAUUCGGACAUGUUUCUAUAGACACUGUCGUUCCACUUUUUCGCCACGGCUCUGCGGUACGACUGGAAGGUUAAAGUGAUCUUUUCCGGUUAAAACAGAAUUUUAAAAAAUGGAUUUGACGUACUUUUAUCGGUUUUUAACGGUUUAAAUUGAAAAGGCCGAACCUAAAAACUGACCUUUUUCGGUUAAAACCGAAUUUUCGAAAAUGAAUUCGGCGUACUUUUAUCGGUUUAAACUGAAAACUCCGAACCCUAGUUAUAGUUACUUUCGGAAAUUUUUAGAGAGGGGAAUGGCUGGCCACGAAUGCAUGGAAGUGAAUGGCGUAAGUCUACUUUCCCACUGAAACUUUACGAAAAUCACUUAUAACUUUCCAAUAAGAUGACAAGUUUUGAAACAUUGGCAUCUGGUCACGACUGCUAUACUCCGUUUCACCUUACGUCCGGACGCAGCGGACGCUAUACGUGCUAUCCAAGCCAAUCCAAGCCAAUCCCGCUCUGUGGACGCAGCUCAUGAUACGCUUUUCGCGCGUCGCUCUGCCCCCUCUCUAAGGUCACGUGACACUCACACGGCCUUGGAUUGGCUCCUACGGCUCGUAGCAUCCGUUGCGCUCGAACGUAAGGUGGAACGGAGUAUGGCGCUGCAUUUGAGCGGAGACUGAGCGUCUGGCAAUGCAUAGUUCAUUUUUGCGAUAAAAAAGAAACAAAAACAAACACUAAUGUUUCUUAGGAGACACGCUGUAUCAUAUUGGACAGGUUUCGUGAGUCCAAUUUUGCAACAUGUACCAUUUUGAGAGGGUAUUUUUAUGCUCCUGAUGUGUCACACAUGCAUGCUCAUAUAGCUGGUGAAGACGAAGUUCCUUAUGGUGUGGAUGCCUCAAUUUUUUUUUUGCGAGGAACUUCGGGGAUCGCCUGCAUUAUGAACAAUUCUUGUGUCCUCAUGAUAUACCCAUUGCAGUGAACAUAAUGUGAUGGAAAACGAAGUGUUUAUAGCCUCAAAAUUCUUAUAUUUUAUUUCGAAAAUGAAUAGUGUACCAGCUGAGUAGAUAGAAUGGUAUGCAAUCAAUAUAUAUGACCUCCCUGGAAAAUAAAUUGCGAAAAAACCCGUCAUAAAUAUUAAACAAACAAAGCCUCUUGCUCAAUACUGAAAUAUCCAUAUGGGGAUAAGUACUGUUGAUAAAAAAUUUAAUAGAUAAAUAAAAAUAUAUAACCUAUAGUCUGUCACGGGUUAAAAAAAGCGGCCCAAGGCGCUCCCAUAAAGCUCUUUGGUCAGUUUGAUUCUAGUUGUGUCCUCCUUUCCACUCGCCUCCUUUCCAGCAUUUGCUCUGCUCAAGAGGAAAGAGUGGAAGAAUUUGUAGGAGGAGCCUUUCAUGUGUUUCUUACGUUGUAACACACUGUAGUGAUAAACUCGUCUGCCGAUUCUCCUUGACCAUCAAAAGUUCUUGAGGCCCUUCAACCUUACGGAUGCACCAGGGCCACCUUCCGGGAAGACCUCCGGGACCCCUCCUCCGUGUUCAUGCCCACGAGUCGUCUGCAAGAAAUGUUAUGUUAAAAUGUAAGCAGACUUGCACCGUACGCAUUACGAGUAAUCAAAUUACUUGUAAUCAAUUACUUGUUGCAGUAA